UCGUUAAUGAAAAAUCGUUUCUCUCUCUCUCUCUCUCUCGUCAAUUAACGUUUUGUUUUUCGCAAAUUCGCAACGGAUUAAUUCGUUUGAGUUGACUUUUGUUCGCAAUUAAUCCGUCGCGGAUUGCGGUUUAUGUUCGCUCCGAGCGGCGAAGGGUGGGGGGAGAGGAGAGUCCGCUCGUGUGAUAGCGCGCCACGGUCUCUCCGAAUUCGCUCGUUUUCAUUUUAUACUCGCAUUCUCCUCCCGCGAGCAAGACAACGUUGCGGUAUAGCGCCGAUCUUCAACUCGCUCGUUCAACGACACUCGAUCGUUUUUUUCUGAGGAAUCUCUUCCAGAAAGGUCCAAGAUGCACAGACUGCCACGUAUAUUGAGAGCGUCUGCCUUGCACCAAUUGCAAGCGCGGACUUACGCCAAAGACGUGCGUUUUGGAGCCGACGUCCGUGCACUGAUGUUGCAAGGCGUGGAUAUCUUGGCGGACGCCGUUGCCGUAACAAUGGGUCCCAAAGGUCGCAAUGUUAUACUGGAACAAAGCUGGGGCAGUCCGAAGAUCACAAAAGACGGCGUAACCGUGGCGAAAGGCAUUGAAUUGAAAGACAAAUUUCAAAAUAUCGGAGCCAAGUUGGUGCAAGAUGUAGCUAAUAACACCAACGAGGAAGCCGGUGAUGGUACCACAACCGCGACCGUGUUAGCUAGAGCGAUAGCUAAAGAGGGUUUUGAAAAUAUCAGUAAGGGUGCAAAUCCUGUAGAAAUCAGACGAGGUGUAAUGCUGGCGGUGGAAAGAGUCAAAGAAGAAUUGAAAGGUUUGAGCCAACCGGUCACGACACCUGAAGAAAUCGCCCAAGUGGCGACGAUAUCCGCGAACGGUGACAAAACCGUCGGCAAAUUGAUUUCCGACGCGAUGAAGAAGGUCGGACAGGACGGCGUGAUCACCGUCAAGGAUGGAAAGACGCUUACGGACGAACUCGAGGUCAUAGAGGGAAUGAAAUUCGACAGAGGCUACAUUUCCCCGUACUUCAUCAAUUCCAGUAAGGGAGCCAAAGUCGAGUUUCAGGACGCGCUUAUUCUCUUCAGCGAGAAAAAGAUCUCUUCCGUGCAGAGCAUCAUUCCCGCCUUGGAACUGGCCAAUUCGCAACGCAAACCUCUCGUUAUAAUCGCCGAGGAUGUGGACGGCGAGGCGUUGUCCACGCUCGUUGUCAAUCGUCUGAAAAUCGGACUGCAAGUGGCCGCGGUUAAAGCUCCCGGUUUCGGCGACAACAGAAAAGCCACUCUUCAAGAUAUGGCGAUAUCCACAGGCGGAAUAGUGUUCGGCGACGACGCCAAUCUUGUCAAACUGGAAGACGUUCAGGCGAGCGACUUGGGUCAGAUAGGAGAAAUAAUUAUCACAAAGGACGACACUCUUCUCUUGAACGGCAAAGGAAAGAAAACCGAUGUCGACAGAAGAAUCGAACAGAUCCGAGAUCAAAUUGAAAACACAACAUCCGACUACGAGAAAGAAAAGUUGCAAGAGCGACUGGCGAGGUUGGCGUCUGGUGUCGCUGUUCUGAGAGUCGGUGGGAGCAGCGAGGUGGAAGUUAACGAGAAGAAAGAUCGCGUUAACGACGCGCUCAACGCCACUCGCGCCGCUGUCGAGGAGGGAAUUGUUCCCGGAGGCGGCACCGCUUUGUUGAGAUGCAUACCGGCGCUUCAACAGCUCAAAGCGUCGAACAGCGAUCAAGAGACCGGAAUCAAGAUCGUGGCGAACGCACUGCGUAUGCCGUGCAAGCAGAUCGCGCAGAACGCCGGCGUCGACGCCAGUGUAGUGGUGAACAAAGUGAGCGAGGGCAAUCAGAGCUACGGCUACGAUGCUCUGAACGGCGAAUACGUCAACAUGAUCGAGAAGGGAAUCAUCGAUCCCACAAAGGUCGUGCGCACGGCGCUCACAGACGCGGCGGGCGUCGCGUCGCUCUUAACAACAGCGGAGGCUGUCGUCACGGAGUUGCCAAAAGAGGAAACGUCACCGAUGGGCGGUAUGGGCGGUAUGGGAGGAAUAGGCGGCAUGGGCGGUAUGGGCGGCAUGGGCAUGUAAAGAGAGAAACACAAAGACUGAAAAACAAAUUAGCUCGUACCGCGACUACGUUCGUUCGAAGCACGAUUAUGCCGCGUAACACAAUUGUUCAAAUAGAUUUCUGGGCGUCAGUUUCCCCCGUUCAACAACGGGAGCAGAGACGAUUUGUGUGUGGGGUCACACACACACACACACAGUUUGUAACACUGCAGACGACAAUUCGCACAGAUAUAACGAUGCCAUUUGCAAGACAUAGCUCUUACAAUUUGUUUACGUUUUUUUUUUUUUUUUACAUUAUCUCUACGUUGUUGCGGAUAAAAUACAAACUUCACAUGCAGGUCGUUAAUCUUUUUCUUCGUUUGAAUGAAAACGAAUAUGUGUAGCAAGCAUAAAAAUGAAUUUGAAAUUCAAGAGUGCAUUUAAUGUAAAAAUAUAUAGUUACAGAGAACAUAGAAACAAACUUGUUGGUAUGUUUUUACAGGUAUGUAAUGUGUUAUGAUAGAUUAAGAAGCUAAAUACAUACAUAAAAAUUUCUAUUA